ACUUGCCAUCAACGUGCUCAGAGCGUUCUUAUUUUCGUGGCGUUGACGAACACCAAGUAAAAGUUUCGUCAAAAAAAAAUUACGAAGUGAAAAUAUCGAAUUUUAAUAAAAAUAAUUAAAGUUUCAAGUUAAUCAUGUCGUUGGUCCAAAUGAAUUUAAACGUGAUUCUUUGCCAAAGAAGACUCCUGCCCGUCGGAGAUCUUGAAAAAGAUAACGCAGAAAAUGUUUGUAAAAACGAAGAGAAAGCUAAAGAAGUUAAAAAGUGUUUGUUCGGCCCUUCGAAUCCCGAAGAAACGAAACGGAUGCUGGAUGAGCAAUUCGAGUGCGAUCGGAAACGAUUAUUAGAUAGAUACGAUGUGGAUAUUUUAGAAUUGGAAAAGAAUUUUGAAAAAAUGAAAGAAAAUGGAAAGGUGAAAGUGAAUAAGAAAAGGAGGUCUUUGGAUAACGUGUUGAAACCUUACAAUAAACAAGCUAGAUUAACCGAUAUAUUUCAAGUAAGGAAAAGAUGCCAAUCCAUUUUGAAAAGUAAAGAAGAGAAAACAGAAGUUUAAUCCACCAAAACGAAAGAGUGAUGUACAUAAAGAAGUUAAUUAUCUUUGUAAAUACUAAUUAAUUCCCUAUUUUAUAAAGGGCGUUGCAAUGAGACAUCUAUAUUUAUUAAGUAAUUUAUUUUUUGUCAUUACGAUGAUAAUUAUUUUUUUUUAUAGAAUUUCUAAGCGACUUUCUAGUCUUUUGAUAACUAAUAUUAUUUUUUCAAUAAACUAUAUGAAUCUAAAAAUU